AUAUAGUGACAUCAACGAUCGCGCUUCUUGUCGAAAAGAUUUCGACUCCUGCCGUGGAGUCCACCCAAAACAAAUUAAACAUAUUAGCCGUCAAGAGGCUCACGAAAACAGACCAAGUUGCAGCGAAGGAAGAGCGGAUGGGAGGGUCGAUGGAGGCCCAAGCCUUGGCAGCGAGCACCAUCGACGACAUACUGGCCGACGAAGCCUUCGCAUGGCUCGCCUACACGCUGGCCGCCGGCAUGAAGCCGACCUCGGAGCCCAUGGAUCAGCCUGAUCUCCCCCUUCUUCUCGAUCGCCGAUGCCACAAUCCUCCUCGUCGACCCCGAGAUGAAUCGACUCCCGCGACCGAUAAGAAGCGCAGGAAGAGAAGAGGAGGGAGAGGCAAUUCCGUCAACGGGUAUGUUCCCGUCCACCUGGUGGAGUCGAUCUUGAUGCGCAUGAAUCCCAAAGACGCCGUGCGCCUCAGCACGGUGUGCAAGGAUUGGAGAGCGACGGCGGCGCGAUACGACCCGACCAUGAGCACCACACCAUGGCUGCUCACCAUGACGCUGUCCAACACCACCUGCCGCCUGCAGAGCGUGGUGGACAAGGAAGUCUCGUUCAAGAUCAAACUCCACGGCUUCCAACUCCGGAAAACCUACUGCUGUGGCUCGUGGCACGGUUGGCUGGUGCUGCAGGCCAACCGGGAUGACCCGAUCUCUCUACUGAAUCCCUUCUCGCGGGCGCGGUUGGACCUUCCUGCCGGGGGGCCUGCGUCCGGCUUGUUCCUCUACAUGUCGUCGGCUCCGACGAUCCCUGGCUGCGUCCUAUUCGCACGCGAUCGUCGAGAUCUCUACGUUUGGAGGCCGGGACACGAGACUUGGACAGUAGAAAACGUCGACCUCGGGGACUUCGACUCAAUCGUCAGCUUCGAAGGGCAGUUCUACGCUUUGAACGACAACGGAAGCUUGCUAAGCUUCGAGGUGUUUCCUCUCCGGCUCACCAAGCUCGAUGUGCCACCUCCCAUCAACGAUAUCUUCGGCAAUCGUCGCUUCUUGGUUGAAUCCUGCGGGGAGCUACUGUUUGUGGGCAUGGCGAGGCAUCACUCCUCGAGCAUCUGCGUGCUCCGUCUCGAUCUAAAGAACAAGGCUUGGGUGAAGAUGGAGAAGCUGGGUGAUCAAGCACUCUUCCUGAACCGUAAACAAGCGAUCUCGGUGUCGGCUGUUGAAGCCGGGUGUGAUGGCGACCGAAUCUAUUUCAGUAAUCCUUGCGACGAUGACGUUAUUUGGCGUGUUUGCAACAUGGAGAGUCCUAGACUCGACUCGUUUCCAAGAACAGGUCGCCGACACAGGAGGUUUCGCGACCAGGUUUGGAUCACUCCCAGCUUGAGCUGAGAGCCGAAAAGGUUUGUUGCGGGUCUGAUGUAGGUUUUGGAUCACUCACAGCUUAGCUUGAACUGAGAACAGAAAAGGUUUACUGCAGAUCUGAUGUAAACCUUCGUUGCAUCUGGAAAUUCGUAGAGUUUUUUUGUUUUCCUUUUAGAGGGAAAAUGAAAGAAAAUUAAGGCCUUUUCUGUUCGGAUUAAUCGGCGAGGGAAUCUGUUUGCUUUUGAUGUUAUAGACAAAAAGUGUUAUAAUCUAUUCUUUUUUA